AUGUCCUUUUCUAAGGCGCCCCUGAAACGAUUCAAUGACCCUUCUGGAUGUGCACCAUCUCCAGGUGCUUAUGAUGUUAAAACUUCAGAAGUAUUAAAAGGACCAGUAUCCUUUCGGAAGUCACAAAGGUUUAAAAACCAAAAAGAAUCUCAACAAAAUCUUAAUGUUGACAAAGAUACUACCUUGCCUGCUUCAUCAAGAAAAGUUAAGACUUCGGGAUUAAAGAAAGAGUCUCAAAAGAAUGAAAAAGAUUUGAAGAUGUUGGAAAAAGAGAUUCGUGUUCUUGUGCAGGAACGUGGUGCUCAAGACAAGCGGAUCCAGGAUCUGGAAGCUGAGUUGGAGAAGAUGGAAGCAAAGCUAAAUGCUGCCGUCAGGGAAAAAACAUCUCUCUCUGCAAGUAAUGCUUCACUGGAAAAACAGCUUAUUGAAUUAACCAGGACUAAUGAGCUACUAAAAUCUAAGUUUUCUGAUGAUAGUAACCAGAAGAAUUUGAGAAUUCUAAGCCUUGAGUUGAUGAAACUUAGAAACAAAAGAGAAAUAAAGAUGAAGAGCAUGAUGGCUAAGCAAGAAGGCAUGGAGGUGAAGCUGCAGGUCACCCAGAAGAAUCUUGAAGAGUCUCAGGAGAAAAUAGCACAACUUGAGGGGAAACUUAUUUCAAUAGAGAAAGAAAAGAUUGAUGAAAAAUCUGAAACAGAAAAACUUUUAGAAUACAUCGAAGAAAUAAGUUGUGCAUCAGAUCAAGUGGAAAAAUACAAGCUAGACAUUGCCCAGUUAGAAGAAAAUCUGAAAGAGAAGAAUCAUGAAGUUUUAAGCCUUAAGCAGUCUCUGGAGGAAAAUGUUGCUAUAUUGUCUAAACAAGUAGAAGACAUGAAUGCUAAAUGCCAGCUGCUUGAAAAAGAAAAAGAAGACCUCAUCAAUAGGGACAGAGCACAGGAUGAAAAUCUAAACUCUGAGAUGCAAAACUUAAAAGAGAGGUCUGUUCUUGAGCAACAAGAACAUGAAGAGCUACAACAAAAAGUAUUGCAAAUUGAUUCACUUCUGCAACAAGAGAAGGAAUUAUCUUCUAGUCUUCAACAGAAGCUAUGUUCUUUUCAAGAGGAAAUGGUUAAAGAGAGGAAUCUCUUUGAGGGAGAAUUAAAGCAAGCACUGGAUGAGCUAGAUAAAUUACAGCAAAAGGAGGAACAAGUUGAAAGCCUGGUCAAGCAAUUGGAAGAGGAAUCAGGGUCUAGAGGUGAAGAAAUAAAACUCCUAGAAGAAAGGCUGAAAGGGAAAGAAGCUGAACUGGAGAAAAGUAACGCUGCUCACGCUCAGGCCACACUGCUUUUGCAGGAAAGGUAUAACAGUACAGUGCAGAGCCUGGGAGAUGUUACCGCUCAAUUUGAAAGCUAUAAAGCAUCAGCAGCAAGUGAGAUAGAAGAUCUUAAGGUGGAGAACAUGUCACUUCACGAAAAAGUGGCCAAGGCUGAGAAAAGUGCAGAGGAUGUUCAGCAUGAGAUAUUGGCAACUGAGAAUGCAAAUCAAGAAUACGCAAGGAUGCUUCUAGAUCUGCAGACCAAAUCAGCACUUAAAGAAGCAGAAGUUAAAGAAAUCACAGUUUCUUCUCUUAAAAAAAUAACUGAUUUGCAAAACCAACUCAAGCAACAAGGAGAAGACUUUAAGAAACAACUGGAAAAGGGAGAAGCAAGAAAAGCUGGAAAAGAAAACUCAACCGCAGAAUUAACUGAGGAAAUGAAUAAGUGGCGUCUCCUCUAUGAAGAAUUACAUAAUAAAACAAAACCUUUUCAGCUACAACUGGAUGCAUUUGAAGCAGAGAAACAGGCGUUGUUGAAUGAACAUGGUGCAGCUCAGGAACAGCUAAAUAAACUAAGAGAUUCGUAUGCUAAAUUACUGGGUCAUCAGAAUCUAAAGCAAAAAAUCAAGCAUGUUGUGAAAUUGAAAGAUGAAAAUAGCCAACUCAAAUCGGAGGUGUCAAAACUCCGCGCUCAACUUGCUAAAAGAAAACAACGUGAAACAAGACUUCAGGAGGAAUUGAAUAAAGUUCUGGGUAUCAAACACUUUGAUCCUUCAAAGGCUUUUCUUCAUGAAAGUAAAGAAAAUUUUGGUCUCAAAACCCCAUUAAAAGAAGGCAAUACAAACUGCUCCUGAGCUCUUAAUGGAGUUUCAAGAAUCAUGCAAGUAAACAUCUGAAAAGCCUGUUGAAGAUUAUUUCGUUCUUAUUAUUU